AUGUGUGAAGAGAUAACCUUUGGAGACAUUGCGGUUUUUGAGGCGCAGUUGAAGCGUGUCGACACGAAGCAGCCGUCCAUUUACGCUCAGGAACUCGCGGCCAUGCGAAAGCUGCCGUGUACUUCGCCUGGUCACUGGUCCCUACAUCGGGGACUUCGCUGCUCCUACAUCGGGGACCCCGCUGACCACUACAUUAUUUGGGCUCCUGCUCACCAGGGGCUGGCUGAAAACGAGGCUGCUGACGCUGCCGCCCGCGCGCUCUCUCUCCGGGAAGCUUCCUCCUCCCCCUCCGAACAGGACGCUGAUCCUAAUCCGUCUUACACUUUCAAAGAUAUCAUGAGUUACUACCAAUCUGGCCACAGCCUUUAUCCCCGCCCGCGUAAAGGCCUUUCAAAUGCGGAUGAGCGGCUCUUACUCCGCCUCUACACCAAUACAUUGCUGUGCCCGGCAACCCUAAAACAUUUUGAUCCGUCUUUCACCGGCAGCUGCCCGCACUGUGGAGAGGUGUCUUCGGACAUAUAUCACAUGACGUGCGCCCGCCCUUCCAAUCCCGGUAUCCCCCCUCACCCAAACCCAGCUCGGAAGGACUCGGAGGCGACCCUGCUCGGCUGCUUUGACCUGCAGGUCCAACGAGCCUUGGUCGGGCGAGCCCGGGCGGACCAGAAAAUAAGAAUGUCAAUACUGGAGGUCAAUCUAUUGAACUACCAGGAUGUACAUUUUCUAUAA